AUGACUCAAUCUGGGAUUCAGGUAUCUAAAGAACUCGCUGAACUAUUCAGCAAUGCUGUCACAAAUGGAAACUAUAGGCUUAUACGUGUGUCAAUAGUUAAUGAAUCCUUAGUUCCAAAUGGAACGUUAGAAGUAAAGAGUGGCUGGAAUGAUGAUUUUGUUGGAGUUCAAGAAUUUUUGGAAGAUAAGAUUCCAUGCUACAUUCUUUAUCGGCUUGAUACUAAAUCAUCCUCAGGAGACUAUGAAUGGAUAUUCUUUGCUUAUGUUCCUGAUAAUGCCAAGGUCAGAGACAAAACGUUGUAUGCAUCCACUCGUGCUACUUUAACAAAAGAGUUGGGUGAUUAUCGAUUCGUAGAUUCUAUGCAUGGUACUGCUAUCACCGAUUUCUCACUUGAAGAAUAUGAAAGGCAUAAACGUCACAAAAACGCGGAAGCGCCACUGACUCAGCGUGAAAAAGAAUUGGCUGAAGUCAGAGCGGCUGAGGCAGGCGCCAGUUCAUAUAGUACUUCAUCACGCAAAUCUCAUGUUGCUGGCAUUGCUUUUCCAUUAUCUGAUGAAGCCGUGACUGCUAUAAAGUCAUUGAAGCAAGAUGAUCCAAGUUUUAAUCUGUCGUUGGAUGUUAAAAAUGAAAGAAUUGAACUCGAUUCUACCAGUAAAAUCGAUAUUGAUGAGCUGGCAGAUACUUUAUCCUCUGAAGAGCCGAGAUUCUCCUUCUUUACUUAUGAACAUUCUCAUGAAGGACAAGAAUAUCAAUCUACAAUUUUUAUAUAUACUUGUCCAACAUCAUCUAAAAUUCGGGAGCGUAUGUUAUACUCAUCAUGCCGUGGAUCUGUGAUCGCGUAUGGUGAAAGUGACUGCGGACUUACGGUUGCCAAAAAGUUGGAAACAAAUGAUCCAAAAGAUCUUACAAAAGCUUUUAUUUUAGACGAAUUACAUCCUCCAGUUGAAGUAGCACCAAGAUUAACCUUUUCAAGACCAAGACCACCUGGUAGAAGAGGAGGAGGCUUG